AUGCCGGCCGGCGUCCGAGAGCCGGGGUCCCGCGGGACACCCCGCGCGGGACGAGGAGGGCACAGGGCUUGGGGCGGGAGGAAGAGUCGGGCCGAGACCGAAGUGCGUGUGCGGGAGGGCGGCAAGGCGCAUCCGGAGACUGCGGGCCCGGCCGAGGGUCUGGGCGGCCGGGGCCGCCGGGGGCCCCCGCCCCUCCCGCCGCUCGCCCCGCCCCCGGCCCACAGCCCGCUCCCCGCCGGCGCCCCAGUCUCCUCCCCGAGGUCGGUGGCAGGGCCGCCACUCCCUCCCGCGCCCUCCUCCGCCGCGCGCAUCUCAUUCCAGCCCUCAUUCCGCGCAUUCCAGGCUGCCUCCCUCCGUGCUCGAGGCCGGGGUGGGGAGGCCGCCACUCCCGCCGCAGCCCGCGCCGCGUCCCCGUCCGCAGGUCCAAAGGGCGCUCCUCCAAGCGGAGCCUUGGAGGGCACGGCCGGCACCAUUACCUCCAACGAGUGGAGCCCUCCUAACUCCCCCGAGGGGAGCAACAUCUCUGGGGGCAGUCAGGCAUUGAACAAGCCCAUCGACAAUGACGCAGAGGGUGUGUGGAGCCCGGACAUUGAGCAGAGCUUCCAGGAGGCCCUGGCCAUCUACCCACCCUGUGGUAGGCGCAAGAUCAUCCUCUCGGACGAAGGCAAGAUGUACGGUCGCAACGAGCUGAUUGCCCGCUAUAUCAAGCUCCGGACAGGGAAGACCCGCACCCGGAAGCAGGUCUCCAGCCACAUCCAGGUGCUGGCUCGGCGAAAAGCCCGUGAGAUCCAGGCCAAACUAAAGGAUCAGGCAGCUAAGGACAAGGCUCUGCAGAGCAUGGCCACCAUGUCGUCCGCCCAGAUCAUCUCUGCCACAGCCUUCCACAGUAAAAUGGCCCUCGCCCGGGGCCCAGGCUACCCAGCAGUCUCAGGGGUAAGUGGGGCUGCCUGGAGCCAGAGGUCAAGCCCGCCCCCACUUCUGAGGAGCCCGAGGUACCAGCCAGACAAAAUUUCUCUCACUCGAGUCCUCUCGGGCCAGGAGAGCCAGGGAGCCCCAUGCCCCCUGCUGCCCGCAGGUAGGACAAGACAUCUGGUGAGGUGCUGUCAUUUAUGGAGGUGCUGGGGAUGGUGGGGGCUGCACAGGGGAAGCACCAAGGCCCAGGCGCUCCCUGCAGUCUCCCGAGUGUGCAGAAGGCCCAGAAGGUGGAGGCGGAGAGGUGCCUGUCAGGCUGCUGUGGGUAGAGGUCGCAACGAGCUGAUUGCCCGCUAUAUCAAGCUCCGGACAGGGAAGACCCGCACCCGGAAGCAGGUCUCCAGCCACAUCCAGGUGCUGGCUCGGCGAAAAGCCCGUGAGAUCCAGGCCAAACUAAAGGAUCAGGCAGCUAAGGACAAGGCUCUGCAGAGCAUGGCCACCAUGUCGUCCGCCCAGAUCAUCUCUGCCACAGCCUUCCACAGUAAAAUGGCCCUCGCCCGGGGCCCAGGCUACCCAGCAGUCUCAGGGUUUUGGCAAGGAGCUUUGCCAGGCCAAGCCGGAACAUCCCAUGAUGUGAAACCUUUCUCUCAACAAACCUACACUGUCCAGCCUGCACUGCCUCUGCCAGGCUUUGAGUCUUCUCCUGCGGGACCCACCCCUUCGCCCUCAGCACCCCCGGCACCCCCGUGGCAGGGCCGCAGCGUGGCCAGCUCCAAGCUCUGGAUGUUGGAAUUCUCUGCCUUCCUGGAGCAGCAGCAGGACCCUGACUCGUACAACAAGCACCUGUUUGUGCACAUCGGCCAGUCCAGUCCAAGCUACAGUGACCCCUACCUCGAAGCCGUGGACAUCCGCCAGAUCUACGACAAAUUCCCAGAGAAAAAGGGUGGACUCAAGGAGCUUUUUGAACGGGGACCUUCCAAUGCCUUCUUUCUCGUGAAGUUCUGGGCAGACCUCAACACCAACAUUGAGGAUGAAGGCAGCUCCUUCUAUGGGGUCUCCAGCCAGUACGAGAGUCCUGAGAACAUGAUAAUCACCUGCUCCACCAAGGUCUGCUCUUUCGGCAAGCAAGUGGUAGAGAAGGUGGAGACAGAGUAUGCCCGCUAUGAGAAUGGCCACUACUCAUACCGCAUCCACCGGUCCCCGCUCUGUGAGUACAUGAUCAACUUCAUCCACAAGCUGAAGCACCUGCCGGAGAAGUACAUGAUGAACAGCGUGCUGGAGAACUUCACCAUCCUGCAGGUGGUCACCAACAGAGACACCCAGGAGACCUUGCUGUGCAUUGCCUAUGUCUUUGAGGUGUCAGCCAGUGAGCACGGGGCCCAGCACCACAUCUACCGGCUGGUGAAAGAAUAAGAGACACGGGGAGCAGGGAGGGGGGGGAGACAUCAUGUGUGCAGGGACAUGGGGAGGGGACCUGCGGUGAUAGCCCCUGAAGGGCCACGGUUGCUGAGAGGUCGUGACCCUUUCUGCCCAGGAACAAACUGCCUGAACCUGCAGUGCCCGAGCCCAGAUAAACGCGGGGUGUCAUGACUUCAGAGGGCCUGACCUGUGGUGUGGGCCUUAGGAGGGACUGUGGGAGAAAGGGGCAGCCUGGGAAGCAGGCCAGAAGCAGCCCCAGACGCUUCCCAGCAGUUCUGAAGCCAGCGCCCCGGCGGACUCAGCUGUCCAUGUCGCCAGACGCUGAAGCAUGAGGCGGAUGGUCCCUGUGCUGCGCUCUGCCAGCCACGCCGGGAGGCCCAAGGAUGGGCACACAGGACCCCGUCCUGUGCAUGCCCGUGCAUGUGCCCACCAGGGCCCCUCUGUGGCCAUCGCCCCGGGACAGUCUGGGGGAGGCCUGGCCCAGCCCAGGGUGCGGGUUUUAGUGAGGUGGUGGUAACAGUUGUAAGGUUGAAAGGCACAUGGUCAGAGCUCUUUAAGCAAAUUUCAUCUGUCUUCAGUGGGCAUGGAUUGCAGGUCCACACCGGCUGCUUGGGGCAACUGGUCCCAGGCCAGAGCAGCUCAAGACAGGGAAGGCAGGUAUGGCCGAGCCGAGCCAGCCUGCCGCGUUUCAGGGGUGAGGCUGGCAUCACGCAGUGUCGUGAAGGCUGAGGAGGGCAGUCAAAGGCCUGUGAUGGACCCGUGGCCUCUGCGACUCCCCAGCUGUGCCUUCUGUGAGUCUCAGCUCAGCCUGCCUGGAGCCGGGGCAGGCCUUCCACUACCACCCCAGACAGUGUCUGUGUUCCCUGGGGGUGGAGGAGAAGGAGCAUGGGACCCCCUCUGGGCCUCGAGGGGUCCCCUGGGUCAUUGCUUCCUAGAACUAGCACGCACUCUAGGUUUCCGCAGACCUGGCUUCGGCCCCACUGCUCCUGGCUGUCUAACCUUGGGUGAAUUUGUCCACUUUCUGAGCCUUAGUGUCCUGUCUCGCCGGCCUUGGGAGGCCUCAGGGAGGGGAGAGUCUGUCUGUAAAGUGCCUGGGGCAACAGGCAUAAGCGACUUCCUGCCUUAGGGCUCCCCUCCCGCAGGACCACGCGGCCUGACUCUUUGCUGCCACCUAGUGGCUUUCUGGUAUCAUCCCUGACGGGAGGUAACUCCGGGAAUCUGGGGUCAAGGGGAGCUGCAGGUUCACUGUGUGCCCAGCUCUGCGGGGCAUGUAUGGGAAUACAGAGAGGAGGAAGAUGGCACCUAGGAGGUGUUAUGGAGUGGCGGUUAGGAGCAAGAGCUCUGGAGUCAGACUGCUGGGAUUGGAAUCCUGGUUCUCAGCUGCUGACUAGCUGUGUGACCUUGGGGCAAGUCACCUACUUUCACUGUGCCUCAGUUUCCCCAUCUGUAAAAUGGGUAUGAUAAUAGUACCUACCUCGUAUAUGUAGAGUGCCUAGCCUAGUGCUGAGCACAUCAGUGUGUUCAGUGAAUAUAAAUUAUUAUGAAGAGAGGAGCUGGCCAUCUAAGGAGUCAGGUUGGAAAACUCCUGAGUGAGGCUGGUGGAUCCUCAGAGUGGCUGGAAUUCAGAGAUGGGAGAGGGCAGACUGUGGGAGAUCCAGGGAGGGGGUCGCAGUUGAGAGGCGGUCCGGUAAAGGGUGGGCAGCGUUCAGAGGAGCAGACAGGAAGAAGGCUGGCAGCGUUCGGAUGGUGGGGAGAAGCCCACUGCCCCGUGUGCGCCAUCCUCCACGGCCACACUCCUCUCUUCACCCCAGAGCAGCCUGAACCACACAUUCUGGGCCGCUGCAAACCUCGUGCUGAGCCUCCCAGCUCCACUGCCAGUGGAAAUGGCUCUCACAGGAUGUGCUGUGGAGACGGGGCAUGGGGCCCUGGGUCCCCGGGCGGGUGGCAUGUGCUCAUGUGUGCAGGUGUGUUUGUAUAAGGCUCCCCCAGCCCCCACCCCAGCAUCACAGUCCUCACCAUCUCCCCUUGCCCUUCUCCCCUCCCCUAUUCCUGGGCCUGGGCCUGUUUGGGUGGGGGCUGCUCACGAAGCCUGCCCUUCUCGCUUGACUGUGAACCUUCAGACAAAUGCUUCUGAAGGACGUGUGAGCAGCCCCCUGGCCAUGGCUGGGAUGCACACAUUCAGGAGGUGAUCUUCUUGUGUUGCAGGUGGGAGGGAGUCAGUGCAGAUCCUGCUGGGGCCAGGUGCGGGCUGAGCUUUCCCUUCUCUUUAUGAACUGACCUCAGAGGCCUAAUGGAGAGUCACUUACCUACAGCGUAAAUUCCAGACUAGUCAGCCAUGGAGAAUGCAGAUGGGGUGUCCUCUCCCCCUGGUGUGCAGACUUGGAGGACAGGCGGGAGGCCUGGCCCAGUCUGCCUCCUGCAGCCUCACCUGACCCUCACCUGUGUUCUGAAUUGUGUACCCUUCCCAGCACCUCCCCCUGCCUUUUGGCCUCUGUUCCACACGAUCCGGCCAGCAUCGCCCACCCCGCUCUCCCUGGAAGUUGGUUGCCCAUUCUCAAGGGCCAAGGCUAGUCACUCCUGCCCUUGUGUGGCAGAAGCAUUUCCGCCCAUGAUCGUUUGGAGCACCUGUUAACCUGGUGCCGGAACACAGGUGUCUUGUUGUCUCUUUUCAUCAUCUCCUGCUAGGUUCUGUGCUCUCCCCAUUUUACAGAUGAGGAAAGUUGGGGCACAGAGAGGGGAACUCACUUGCUUGGCAUAUCACUGCCUCUAUUCAUUCACUUCGCAGAUAUUCACUUCACUUCUGCUUUGUGCCGGAUACUGGGAAUGUAUCAAUGACCAAGACAGAAGAGGCCCUUGGGGAGCUUAUGUUUUACUGAGGAAGAAAGAGUAAACAAGCAGGUAAACAGGCCAUGUAGCCUGUGAUAUGUCAGGAAACGAGGGUGCAGAGGUUGAGGGUCACUGGGGAGCCUCUCUACAGCCUGGGGAGGGUGAGGAAAGGCCUUCUUAGGAGAGGCAGGAGGGUGGCUGGCAUGUCCCAGCCACAGAGAGGAGCGAGUGUCGGGAAUAAGGAGAGAUGAGUGGGGAGCUGUGGAGGCAGGCAGGGGCUCCUCCUGCCCAGCCAGCCAGCCAGGUGGGGGCAGCCGGCCAGUGGGGAACAGCCGGCCAGGUGGGGGGCAGCCGGCCAUCCGGCUCCCUCUGCAGGCCAACAGCCCCUCACUUGGUAAGGACUGUGGAUUUUAUUCCAUGUGAAGGGAGAUCUUGGAAGUGUGUUAAUCCAGGGAGUCUUUUUGAUCUGAUUUUAGAAAACUCUGGGAUUGCCAUGGACUGCAGAGAAGCACGUGUGACUGUCUGCUUCUCAGCCAGUCUCUCCUCCCGGACUCACUGUCUGUGGGUGGAGGCAAUGGAUUUCCUGGUUCUGUAAACUGAACGUGGUGUUCUGGAACAUAGCAGGUGCCCGGGAACCAUUUGAUGAAUGAGUGCAUGUGUCCAAGGCAGUGCGAUCCACACCGUUUGGGCCUGGAAGGUGAGAGGGGUCCCUGAGCCCCUUGCCCUUCUGUCACCAUGUAGGGCCAGCAGCCACGUUGUUGAGAUGGGGACAUGGGAACGGACCGCCCAUCCCAUGGAGUCUGAUGUUGACUGAGCACACUGUGCCCAGGGGCCACCAGAGACCUCCCAUAGGGUGGGAUGGUCCUAAUGAGAGAGAAACCCACCAGAAGGGACUUGGGGCGUGUGCCUGCUUGUGUGCAUGCGUGUGCAGACACAGGCUCUGCCCUUUCAGGACUGAAGCUGGUAGCGUGAGGACCAAGGGGCAGCCAAGGGGCUUCCUGGCUCAGGCCCCCACAUUCGGGGUGCUUGGUCCAGCACCCGCUCCCUCUCCCCAGUGGGCGGGUUCAGAGGACAGUGGGCUCCGUAGUGACUGGAGCUGAAGGGCGGCCAUCCCUUGUGAGCAGCAGUGUGGCAGCAGGGAGCCCCUGACACCUGGCAGGACUAGGCCAGGUGCAGGCUCACCUGGGCCGCACCUGCACAGGGUAGGGAGGUAAGGGACAGCGGCAGUGCAUUUGGUUUUACCUCAGGGACAGUGACACCAGUGGUUACUGUUUGACCCCUUCUUUAUCCAUAUGUCAGCUCCCAGAAUGCAAACGAGAAGCUUUUCCCCAAAGAGUUAAAUCUACAUCAGUUGGUCUUAAGGACUUCAACCCUGGAGUGGGGCUGAUCGAGGGCUGAACUGGCUUCUUACAAGUGUGGUCUUGGGCAAAUGACUUAGCCUUCGUGGCCUCAUCUGUGAAGUGGGGAUAACAGGGCUUCAACUUCCAGCUGCUGUUGGAAGGAAGGAGUGUGGCUGUGAGCAUGAAGGCGGGUGCCGAACUGGGCUCCCAGUGCACCCUCAGAGAGCUGGGCAGCUGGGCGUGUAAAGCCUGCCCUGACCCAGCUCUCCCACCCCCAGAACACACGCACUUGACUUUCAUCCUCACCCCUUAUCAGAAAUGGAAGGAAGUUCCUAACUGGGAAAAUAAUUCUGUGGCCUAUGUGGGUGAGGCAGAGUCCCCAGGGAAGGUUUGAAAGGGAGGACUGGACGAAUGGUGGGCGAAGCCACUCUGAACAAGAAACGUCGGAAUUUGGUUUUUGUUUAAUUCCUGAGAAAGGUCAGGGAGAGGUUUGGUCCAGUACCUUUUCGGAAGGCUGAAGCCCGCUAGUGGAAGUGGCAAAGGGUCUUUUUAAGCUCAUGGAUGUCUAAUAUUCAACUUUAAGUUUUUUGUAUUUUUGCUAUGUAAACCCCCUUUGUCUCUCCAAAUCUUCAGUAAAGUCAGCUACUGACACACAG